UCUGCGAAACAGACUAAAAUGUCCCUAUUAACUGCAAGCUCGAACUGGUGGGGAUCCAUAUUCCAUAACUCGCCUCAUUCCCCAUCCAUGGAUCUAUUUCAGGGCGAGCGGCCCACUACCUACCAAGGUCCUGGGACGUUCACGACCAAACUAGCGCCAAAAUCCACUGUAGUGUAUUCGCCUACCUAAAGACUUCUCCUAAAAUCAAAGCGGAAUGCUUUGCUCAAUGGACCGGGACUUUUCCGCCUCUCACAUCUAAACUUUCAAAACAACUGCCCGACAAUCUUGUUGAAUAUCGAGGUACACAAAGCAUCAAAACGAAAUGACUACGAAAAUUCUUAUCUGUUAUAUGAAUAUGGAAAAAGUAAGUAUCAUUGUAAAUCAUCUGUCCAACUGGAAAAGGAUCCGUCGCGUCGUAGCUGGCCGAAUGACUCACUUUCAUACAAUCGAUUGCUGUGAGACGUUCCUUCAAUAAGUAAGCGACAACUCCCAUAGGAAAAUGGCCCUCCUACACUUCUAAGAUACCCACCGACGAAUUUUCACUACUCGCACAGAUACUUAGGUAUCACUCCGUUAUUAUUGUUACACAAAAAUUAAAUGCAACAUGGCAUCAGGAAAGCUACUACGAUUGGACGGCAGAAUCGGUGAGGGCGGAGGUCAGCUCGUCAGAAUUGCUUGCGCUUUGGCGGCAGUAACCUCGCAACCUAUCCGCAUCGACCAUGUAAGAGGGAAUAGGCAAGGUCACCGAGGCGGCGGACUGAAAGCUCAGCAUGUUUCAGCUAUUGAAUGGCUCGUGGAGGCUACUGGAGCUGAAGUCGACGGGCUAGCAGUCGGUAGCCAUACACUAGAAUUCAGGCCAUCGUUGCCCCCAACCGCUCUCAAAGGGCGGGAUUUUAAGAUUGUAGCUGGAAACAGUGCCUCAAGCACCUUGCUUAUCUUUCAGGCAAUCUUCCCAUACCUGCUGUUCUCUGGUAACGAAAGCGGAGAACCUAUCGAGCUCGAGAUACACGGUGGAACCAAUGUGUCUUUCUCACUAUCGUACGAAUAUCUAGAUCAAGUUCUGUUGCCUACAUUACAGGACAAAUUCGGGAUCACAGUCGAGAGGCAACUGCAAAAGCGAGCUUGGGCGAUAGGUCCCCUAAGCAGGGGGUGUAUCAAGCUGAAAUUCCAGCCUCUCCCACCGGGACAACCCUUGAAACUUCAAGGACCGUGGGACAAAAUACUUGGUGCGGAAGACUUCCGACUCAAGAGGAUCGACGUCAGCAUACUAGUGCCGGCGUUCCUUCGAGAAUUUCUCGAGAAAACCCUUGCAGAUAGUCUCACCAAAACUUUCCCUGAUGUGGAUAUCAACUUCAUGCUCUUCGAGGACAGUGGUCACGGAGCUCGUCUGUACACCCUGUUAGUCGCACAUUCUCGGACCGGCCUACGAUGGGGUCACGAUUACAUGUACGACAGAGCUUGGAAGAAGAAGGCUCCUGAAACCUUGUGCGCCGAGAUAUCACGGAAGGUCUGCAAAGGACUUCUAGAAGAGGUGACGAUUCGCGGAGUCGUUGAUGAACAUCUGCAAGACCAGCUAGUCGUGUUCCAAGCUUUGGCGGAUGGAAGGACCAGCUUCCCCCGAGGCAACGAACCGGCGGAGGGCAGUGCAGAAACUGGUAUUCCUAAUGACUUAGGCGACCUAAAUAACUCCCUUAACGACCUAACACUGGAGAACAAGAUGAGGAAGGACAAGACACAUGAACCAUUUGGAGAAGGAUCUAUGCACACUACCACAGCCAGGUGGGUGGUAAGCGAGCUGUUGCCCACUGUCCAAUGGUUUAAUAAGGGGGCCAUCUGUGAUGGCGCUUGUGUAUCUUUCCCUGCCAAAUGAAGGCUUGUAAUACCUACCCUUACUGUCGUAUCGAGCGUCGCCCAGCUUCUUAUGUGUCAUGUGACAUUAUCAACCUCCAUCGUGUCUACUUACCUACCUACCUACUGACAUUCAGAAGUACGUAGUGAAUAAGGAAGGACAUAGUACUUAUCAUAAACCUCGAUAGUGUAGACUCAUCCAAAAAUGCCUCGUUAAUCGUUAAACGAAACGAUGUGCAUUCGAGCUUCUUACCUAGUAUAAGUAUUUUAUAUGUAUUGAUGUAUAUAUUUAUGGUAGUUUUGUGUAUUAUAAUUCCC